AAACGAUCCAUUCUCCACCUCCCUCAAACCAGCACUGCCUCCAUUUCCCUCCUAUUCCUAAAAGCCAAACCAAAAAGAAAUUCAUUCUUUUAUGUUGUCUUCCUUCAUUAUGCAUUAUAGCUUUCUUAAUCCAUUAUAAUAAAACAGAAACUGAAUUAGGAGAUGGUCCGAGCAAUCGAGGAAGAAAGAGAGACGACUUCAAAGAAGGCCAUUACCAAAGGAAUGGGUGAAAAUGGAGGAGGCGCCACCUCCUCAGACAAACAACCUUCAGACAUGGACCUGAUGAAGGAGAGGUUUGCCAAACUACUUCUUGGAGAAGAUAUGUCCGGGGGUGGAAAGGGCGUUUCAUCAGCAUUGGCGUUGUCAAAUGCAAUCACAAACACAGCCGCUUCUGUGUUUGGAGAAAUAAAGCGAUUAGAGCCAAUGGCACCCGAAAGAAAAGCGAGGUGGAGGAAGGAAAUUGAUUGGCUUUUAUCAGUCACUGAUUACAUUGUUGAGCUUGUUCCUUCCAAACAAAAGUCUAAAGAUGGAACAACCAUGGAGAUAAUGGUAACAAGACAGAGAAAUGAUCUUCACAUGAACAUUCCUGCACUUCGCAAGCUGGAUGGGAUGCUUGUGGAUUGCCUGGACAGCUUUAAGGAUCAAAACGAAUUCUUCUAUGUAUCGAAGGAUGACCCAGACCAGAAAGGGAAAAGCAGGAAAGAUGACAAAUGGUGGAUACCUACUCCCAAAGUUCCUUCCAAUGGCUUGUCAGAAGCUUCAAAGAAAUGGAUACAAUCUCAGAAGGAUGCAGUAAAUCAGGUCCAUAAAGCUGCUAUGGCAAUAAAUGCUCAAGUCCUUGGAGAAAUGGAGAUCCCUGAAAGUUAUAUAGAUUCUCUUCCAAAGAAUGGGAGAGCGAGCUUGGGGGACUCCAUUUACAGGAGCAUCACAGAUGAAUACUUUGAUCCUGACUACUUUCUCUCCACAAUGGACUUAUCAUCAGAACAUAAAAUCCUGGACCUCAAAAACAGGAUUGAGGCUUCUGUUGUGAUCUGGAAAAGGAAGAUGAAUGCAAAAAAUGAGAAAUCAACAUGGAGCUCAGCUGUGAGUAUAGAGAAAAGAGAGUUGUUUGAAGAGAGGGCAGAGACAAUAUUGCUCAUUCUCAAGCAUCGCUUCCCAGGAAUUCCACAGUCGUCCCUUGACAUCAGCAAAAUCCAAUACAACAGAAAUGUGGGACAUGCAGUUUUGGAGAGCUAUUCACGCAUCAUAGAAAGUCUGGCUUUCACAGUUUUGUCGCGAAUCGAAGACGUUCUCCAUGCAGAUAAUGUGGCACAAAAUCCUACAGAGGGAGACAAGACCACUAGCGCUCCAAAAGACUCAUCAUCUUCACCAUCAUCAUCUGUUGCAUUAUCAGCAAAGCCUCUCACUCCUAAAGAAGAAGUGGAGAAGACCAAUUCUGCAGAGACAGCUACAUCAAUGACAUUGUUAGAUUUCAUGGGCUGGACAACAUUGGACCAAGCAGAUGCUGACUCAAAGAAAGACAACAAUCUGAAAGUAGGAGUAAAUAAGACACCAGACAUAGUGAAUACCAAAAAAAGUUCCUACCUUGAGAGAGCCUAGCUACUUGGUUUCAGCCGGAAUUCCACUAAUAACUUCAUGUGCAAUGUUAGUUCAAGUUAGAGACCAAGACUAACUAUUCAAGUUAUCUAAGAGAUCGAAACAAGGCUCAACCUUUGAUGUAUGUAUAUAUGCUAUUGAGAGAUGGAUCCAGACCAUGUAUAUCACUUCACGUACUAUGUCAUUGCAUGCUUUUGUAAAUAGUUAAAAGUUAGCCAUUUACUUCAGUAAAAUUUUAAUUGCAUUCUUUUAAUGUCAUUUACUACCUCCAACAAGAUGCAUGGCCUUGUUGACACCUUA